GGAACGCACCGCGGCUCCCCUUCCGGUUGUCGGCGCCUUGUGAAGCACGCCGUGCUCGCCGCGGCUACGCUCCGGCUGCGCUGGCGUCCGGACCCUGCGCCUGUCGGCCUAGAUGCGAGAAGACCGUCCGCCCUUCCUUUCGACACGAAACUCGCACUGACGUAAAGAAACCGGAGCAGCCGGAGCCCAGUGUCAAUUAAGAGCCUUGUCCGCACUGCUUUACUGAAACUAUACCCCCUGCCUCGUUCCGGCUACACUAAAUUACCCGCGUUUGGUGACUUUUAGAGCGGACAGGAAAAACACAGCAACCGAGAGGUACAGACGAGAGGAAAUUAAGCAGUCUUUGGCAUGGCUGAUCUGCUCAGGCUGCUGCUGCGGGUGGCUGAGAAAGCGGCGAACGUGGCUCGGGUCUGCAGGCAGGAGGCCCCCCUCUUUCAGCUCCUCGUGCAGGAGAAGACCGGAGAAGACAAGAACAAGAAGUUUGUCCAGGACUUCAAGACGCUCGCUGACGUGGUGAUCCAGGAGAUGAUCCGACAUGAUGUUGGUGCUCAGUUCCCUGAAAUGGCUGGCUUCAUUCAUGGAGAGGAGUCCAAUAAGUUUGAAAAUGGGCUCGGAGAGAGUGUGACAGUCACAGUUUGCGGUACGGAGGAGGAGACCGCGGCGCUGCUGGCCACGGUGCUGGACGGCGACCGGACGGCGGCGUCUCUGCUGGCUCGAGCCAUCCACCAAGACCCGGCCACCGUCGACGCCAGCACAGACGGUCUGACGGUGCCCCUCAGCCCCUCUGAGCUCGGCAUCUGGAUCGACCCCAUAGAUGCCACGAGCCAGUACAUAGAGGGCCGAGAGGAGUUGCUGGAGGAGGGGCACCUGUCUCCUUCAGGUCUGCACUGUGCUUUGGUUCUGAUCGGGGUUUACCUCCGGAGCACGGGGGAGCCUGUCAUGGGCGUCAUCAACCAGCCGUUCAACUACAAAGAUCCCUCAGGUGGAGGUUGGAGGGGGAAGCACUUCUGGGGUGUGUCCAGUGGCGACGUCAACAUCUGCUCACUGUCCCGGCCCAAAGGUGGAUCUGAAAGGGGGCGAGGUCUCUCCGUGGUGCUCAGCUCCAGUGAGAAGCCGGUCGUAAAGGAAUCCAUGACUUCACUGUGCGGACCUGAGAAGCUGAUGUACGCCUCUGGAGCCGGCUACAAGAUCCUGUGUGUCAUUCAGGGCCUCGCCGACGUCUACGUCCUCUCAGAGGGCAGCACCUUUAAGUGGGACUCCUGCGCCCCUCACGCCCUGCUCCGAGCCCUCGGAGGGGGAGUGGUGGAGCUGGCUAAGAGUCUACAGAACAGCCCUGGAGCACCUGAUCACCAGACGGAACUGACCUAUCACCAGCCUUACACUGAGUGUAAAGGAGCCGACCGCUGGGCUAACCAUGGGGGCCUGGUGGCUUAUCGAGACUGUUCUCAGCUCCGUAGCAUCCUCGGGGCUCUGAAAGUCUUUAUCAGAGGUUCCCGCACUGGAGGUCGGCGCCUGUUUGACCAGGGGGAAAAACAUUAAGCAGAAGAAAACUUGAACGAAUCUAAUUUAUUUGGGAACAGUUAAAAAAAAGAAAAGAAAAAAAAGAGUGCUCUGAAGCUAGUAAGGCUAUCAAGAUUCAGGUUAGACAUAUUUGUUCAGAAAGCAAAUUGACAAUUUAAAGUGCAAGAUUUCUUUUCUUUUUUGAAAGGGAAGUAAACACGAACAGGUGAUGCUCACGGAUCAAACUUGACGGUUCAAUCCAGAAACUGAGAGGGCCAGUUUUGCUCUUGAGUUCAUUGUCAAUACACUGUACCAGCAGAGCCAUGAAGGAAAAGAAACAUGCAGUUCCUGUUCCCAACGCUGUCAGUUAAUAAAAUUCAGUAAAUUUACAAAUUGGGAUGUCGGGCCUAAAUGUUUUUUCAGCAUCCAAACAGGAAAAUGGCAGAAAAAGUUUGGGAGCCACUGAUUUACAGCUUCCCACACAACACUGCAAUGGACAGCAGAAAGUUUAGACAAUAAGAGAAUGUUUUUCACUCUGGUUACUUCCUCCUGGCAGCUACGACAAACUAAACAUUAUUUGUGAAUUCUGCAAAGCUCAGACCCGAUGAGCAUUUAUUAAACAUUUGCUAAGCUUUGUAACCAUUUUGUCUCCAUGUUCAUAAAGAGAAAUUGUCAGAGCUAGGAUGAACUAGAGUGCUCACUGCAGGACAGCUGAGGAACGCUUCACUGCCAGAGGAAAGGUGAUGUGGCAUCGCAAGACUGUUCUGAAAAGAUUUUUCUUGGAGUCUAUGUUGCGGUUAUGGAAAGGGAUGUUGCAUUUUUUCCAUCCUAUCUAACCUGUAAAAGGCUAUAAUAAGUCAAGAGAGGGAACGAGCGUCAAAUCAAGCAUUGUGCAGGAAUCUGCACCUCUCAGAAACUGCUCCUUGUAAGGAGCAGAGGGAUACGCAUGCCCUGCCCUCUUUCCAUGGCCAUAGCACCGUUAGUUAAUAAGUGUCAGAGAAUGGAAAAGCCAUAUGAGGUAAAACGGUGUAACAGAGCGCACUUUUCAACGAGGGUUUACAUUAAAAUGAAAUAUUAGGCAAAUUUGAAGGAUGGGACCUCUGCAGGGUAAUAGGCUAUAGACGCGUACAACUUUACUUUGACAGUGUAUGUGUGUAAACUGUUUUUUAACUCUUGAUAUGCAUUGUUAAGUAACUUCUAAAUCAUUUGUUGUGUAUAUUGAGCAUAGAACAGGACAAACAUUGUGCAUAUAGGAAAUCAUCUUUAUUUUGAAAACCAGAGAAAGCGGGGGAACGAAACCCAACAGCGAUAUUUUAAAACUGUUUGCCAACCAGGGAGCACGUCACAUAAUUCCCUACAAAAAACCCUGAUGAUUGUCAGAUAUUUUUUUUGCAAUACUUCUGCAUAUUUUGUUAAAAACUUGAAAAGAAAAGAAAAAACUCUGAA